AUGGUUCGCGACCACACAGUUACACCAGAAACUGCAGAAAUUACGCUCAGUGCAGCUCUCUUCUAUCCUGUUAUUGCAUCGGUCGUACUGCUAUCGAUGUACUAUCUCUAUUCAUAUGUUCAAAGCUUUUUAAUUCUCUACAUUUCUAUAUCUGCUGUAUUUUGUAUUGCACAAGUCGUUGAGCCCGUCAUUGUUUCUCUUCUCUCUCCCUACGUUAGUCAAAAGCGCUUUAUUACUUUUAUUUCGAUCUUUGUCUCAUUUCUAAUUGUAGUGUGUUGGAUCAUUCGAGGUGGAUCCUUGUUCAAUAAUAUUAUCGGUAUCUGCAUCACAAUCAGCGCCCUGUCGUUAAUGCGUGCCCAGAGUUUAAAAGUGAUUGUAGUGGCGUUCUGUUUACUCUUCUUUUACGACAUCUUUUGGGUGUUCUUUUCCGAGUCUUUAUUCGGAAAAAACGUCAUGGUCACCGUAGCGCAGCAGAACUUCACGGAGCCUGUCAAAACUAGUAUCCUUCACGUUCUCUCUCCAUCUGUUCAUCAGCAGGGAAAACUUGUGCUUUCCACGCUAGGAGGCCAGAAUGUGUUCUAUUUGGGAUUGGGUGAUAUCUUCAUCCCAGGACUGCUCUUCGUCUUUUUCUUCAUCUACCAAAAAGAAAACACUUUUGUAUUAAAUGACGUGGAAUCAGGGAGUUUGGCCGAAAUGAGUGAUCGGACAGGAGACGAGGAGUCGAAAAAGCUGAUCGACCAGGGAUUGAAUUUGUAUAUGCCACCUAGUAGUCGUUCAUGGAGCCUCGUGAUGUAG